UCGCCAGGCAUCCGGGCAUCCAACGUCGCCGCGGUCAUCCCCCGCCAUGUUGUCCGGCAAAGCGGCCGUGCUGACCGCUUCGACCCGCGGCAUCGGCCUGGCCACCGCCCGCCGCCUGGCCCGCCACGGCGCCCGGGUGCUGGUGAGCAGCCGCCGGCAGGACCACGUGGACGAGGCGGUGUCGGGCCUGCGGGCUGAGGGGCUGGAGGCCUGGGGCGUCGCCUGUCACGUCGGCCGCGGGCCGGACAGGGAGGCGCUGGUGGCUGAGGCCGUGCGCCUGUUCGGUGGAGUGGACAUCCUCGUCUCCAAUGCCGGAAUCAACCCGCACGCGGGCAGCAUCCUGGACUGCCCGGAGAGCGCUUGGGACAAGCUGUGGGAGGUGAACGUCAAGGCGGCGGCACUCCUCGCGGGGCUGGUGGUCCCCCACAUGGAGAAGAGGGGAGGUGGGUCUAUCGUGCUGGUUGGCUCGGUGGCCGGCUACAGGCCGUCGUUCCCCAUCGGGGCGUACGGGGUGAGCAAGACGGCGCUGCUGGGCCUGACCAAGGCUCUGGCCGGGGAACUGGCCCCGCUCCGCAUCCGGGUCAACUGCCUGGCCCCGGGCUUCAUCAAGACCAACUUCAGCUCUGCUCUGUGGGAGGAGGAUGGCCUCUGGCGGAAACUGGAGAAGGGGGUAGCCAUGGGGCGGCUGGGAGAGGCAGAGGAGUGCGCCGGAGUCGUGGCGUUCCUCUGCUCACCCGACGCGGCCUACAUCACCGGGGAGACGGUCGGGGUGAACGGGGGCAUCGACUGCCGUCUCUGAGCUGCCUUCACCCUCCCCCCUCGUCUCCGAUCCUCGAGCCCCCCAAGGAAUGGCCGCAAAAAAUCAACUCCAGAAAUCCACAAAAAUCGACUGGAAUUAUUCCUACUAAUUAUACCUGCUGCCCCUUCUCCUCAC